AUGCAGAAAAAACAUUGAAUUGUCAAAAUGUUUGUAGUCACAUAGAUGACUAUAAUACAAGUGUGUUGGUGAGGAUGCCAUGGGUGCAUAUAUAUAUAGAAGCUUCGAACGUGACGUGCUUUUGGGCAUGAAUUCGGGGGAACGAAUUUGUACAUAAUUUGUAACUAAUGACAGUUGUUAAUAAUGUGAAUACUGUCUUUUAGUACAAAGAUUACUUUUGAAGUGUUUGAUAUUAUCGUAAUGUGAUCGAUGUUUAAUUUGCGUUAAAAUGUAUGACUUACCUCUUAUCGUAUGCCACUCCUGUCUAGUACUGCUAGUGGCCAUGACAGGCGGGUGGCGCUAUAUGGAUGGAAGCCCGUGGCUUCAAAACUAAGCAAAUUGAGACCGGGCGUACGAAGAGUUUAGGCUUUUUGACAAAAUAAAUCGUUUUAUUCGCUGGAGCUUCGGGCCAGAGCAGACGACAGGGUUGUUACUGCGUACUUGUCUCCUCUACCGGUCCCAGCGAAAGAAGGGACCUUUAUGAGGAUCCGGCUCGUCGAUAUUCUAACGUCUCGUGUCCAUUUGACGAUCCAGUGGGAACGAUAAACUCUGAUGUCUCCUUGGUCGACACUUGUCGCGAUCUGCACAAUUUUCGUGCAGAGCGCAACGGUUGCUUCCGACUACGGAGGCGGGAGAUGGAAAUGGUACGAACAGCAUCCUCCAAUCGUUGGCUCCAAAGAUCACACUGUUUUGUUUAAGCUCCCCUUGUCUGAACAAGGGAUUUUGGAACCUUGGCCUUCUUACACCAAUCGAUGGGAACGAUGGGACGACGAUCAUGUUAAAAUGCCUUAUUCGUCUCAAAGCAAGUACUUCUACGCAAAUCGGGGUAUAAAACGUCUCAAACCACAUCGCAGAUGGGAAGUGAUAAAGGAAAAAUUGCGGCAAAACAUUCGUUCGUUCGAUGAUUUUGAGCGAGCCGUUUCCUCCUACAAUCAUGGAUUCGCCAAGCACUGGCACUUCAAGGCCCUCCAACGUUAUUUCGAUAAGGUCGCGACAAAAGAAGUAACUGACGACUUUUUCAGGAGGUUGUUACCCAAAGUUAUUGAUCUAGCGCUCAACUUGCCGAAACUGAUAACAGCUCCCAUUCCUCUUUUGGUGAAAAACAAAUAUCACGCCAUAAGCUUGACUCAACUGCAAAUUGCUUCGCUGCUUGCUAAUGCGUUCCUUUGCACGUUCCCAAUGGAGGGACGAAACAAGUCCUAUACUAGCAUCAAUUUUGACAGGCUGUUCUCGGCUUACGACAGAAAGAGACCAGAAAGAUCCACAUGCGUCAUGGAAAAAUUCAAAUUUAUCCUCCAUUAUUUCGAUCGCGUAACCUCUGCAGAUCCGACAGGUACAAUUACGAUUCAACGGCGGUACAAACCCGAAAAAUAUCAUACAAAGUGGUGGGAGCAGCAUGAAAAACUUGCUUCGAUUGAAAUAUGGGACAGAGGUACGAUGGAGAUUGAGGGUGCAAACAUGCUGCAAGUGGAUUUCGCCAACAAAAAAGUGGGAGGCGGUGUUCUCAGCUAUGGUUGCGUUCAAGAGGAAAUGAAGUACGUAAUUUACCCAGAACUUAUAGUUACGAGACUCAUUACCGAAGCCCUUGGCGACGACGAAGCUCUCGUUGUCAGUGGUAUUGAGCGUUACAGUGAUCACAAGGGCUUCAGGGGCUCAUUCACUUGGACGGGAAACCACGUCGACGCAACGCCUCGUGACAGUAGCCGCAGAAGGGCGACUUUCCUCGUUGCCAUAGACGCUCUUAAUUUUGAUCAGUCGCCGGAUGUUCAGUUUGACAGAAGGAAAAUUCUUCGGGAACUCAACAAGGCGUACGUGGGAUUCGAAUCGAAGAAUACGAAGAAUCUGCCGCCGAUAGCAACCGGGAAUUGGGGUGGGGGCGCUUUCAAAGGAAAUCCAAAAUUGAAAUUUUUACUGCAAUGGAUGGCAGCCACGGUCGCGGACCGUCCGAUGGUUUACUUCACGUUUGGUGAUCGAAAAUUGCGGGACGAUGUCACCAAAGUGUACAACUAUGUAAUUGACCAGAAAAUGACUGUGGAUCAUUUAUAUUCGUUGUUAACGGAAAAACAGAAUCGUCGUUGGCGAGUCGCUCAGCGUCAGAAUCUCUACCGACUGAUACAUGAAACCUAAAGCUAUUAGUUAUAAAUAUUUAGGAUAAAUAAUGGUAGUUUUAAUAAAAAGUGAUAUUUAUCGAUGGUCCGGUUCAA